AGAGUUUGGGAGGGUUCUAAAUUUCGUCAAUAAACAUCAAUCAAUAUUAUUAGGGUUUAGAAGUUAAUAUACAAAUGUAUUUAACUAACUUUCUAGUACAAAUAUAGAAUUUACGAAAAAACUAAUAAAUUCGCUCAGAUCCAUGAACUCCCACCUAGCUCCGCGUCAGUACUAAACAAAGUUCCACUUGGCCCUCAAGUAAUAAAUAUUUGUGCUCCACUCUCUCCUUCUUACUUCUUGACUUGCAACUUCCUUCUCUAAAUUCCUCCCCAUUAUAUAUAUUACAAAUUUCACUCACUCAAAAUCAAACAAACAAAAUUCAACUCUUUAUCUUCUUUUCACUCACAAAUUUCUUCAAUCACUAAGAAAAAAACAACUAGUUAUGGCACUUGAAGCUUUGAAUUCUCCAACCACAACAACUCCACCAUCACUAUUUCAAUUCCAAAUUAAUACUACUACUCAAAAUUACCUUGAAUCAUGGACAAAUAGCAAGAUGAGAUCGAAACGACCUCGUAGCGGCCUCAUCAUGGAGGAGCAACAACCAAUUAUUUCUGAAGAUGAAUACUUAGCUUUGUGUCUACUCAUGCUCGCACACAGCAAUAACAAUAACAAUAACGAUAUUACUAAGUGUUCAGUUUGCGGCAAGUGUUUUGGAUCUUAUCAAGCUUUAGGAGCUAGUCACCGUAGUAAUAGAGAUAAAGUCAACGAACACUCUGUGAUUACAUAUAGUGCCACGUCAGGUAACGCGGUUAGUGGAAGGACUCAUGAGUGUUCCAUUUGCCACAAGACUUUUCCAACUGGACAAGCUUUGGGUGGUCAUAAGAGACGUCACUAUGAGGGAAAAGUGACGUCAUCAUCAUCGUCGUUGAACGGUGUGGGGUCCGUCAACAACUUUGACUUGAACGUUCCGGCAUUGCCGGAAUAUUGGCCGGGUUUUGGCUCCGGCGAAGAUGAGGUGGAAAGUCCUCAUCCAGCUAAGAAAUUAAGGCAAUUAUUAUGACAAGUUCAUAAUUUAGUAUACUUGUUUAAUUUGUUUUUACAUGUCCAUUUGGAUGAGGUGGACAAUUUUUAAUUUUUUUUCAAUUUUUUGUAAAUGUCCAAUACACUUGGAGAAAGUGAUUAAUUGAUUGAUUUAUUUUACUAAAUUAUAAAUCAAACUCAUUGAUUUUGC